UGUUUAGGGGGCAUUAUGCAUAAAAUCCAACAAAGACAUCCACCUCCGGCCAUAAAACCAGCUCAGGGUCCUCCUUCGCCGGCCCUCUCUCUUUUCGCCGGGGAACGAGGUCGUGUGCUCACGGCCCUGAUCUCCCCGAUGUUCAUCGACGACGACGAGUUCGGGGAUUUCAACUUCGUCGCCUCCGCCGCCCCCGACCAGCAGGAAGACGACGAGUGGGGGGAUUUCGUCGCCACUUCUCUCCAAUCUGAUCAGGGUUUCAGCCUAUUCGUUGAGAAUUCCCCGGAUCCGAUCCGCCCUAAGGGUUGGGAGAAACCGAAGGGCGCCUUGCCGCUCUCACUGUUUGGAGAUGAGGAGACCGAGGAGGAGCCGGAGCCGGUGCUAGAUGGCGGAUCUCUGUUUGGAAGUAAUGGAUUCCGCUCGUCUUCUAAAUUCGAGAAGGAUGGUGCUGGUUUGAAGGACCUUAUCGCCAGCCUAUAUGUUCAGGAGGUGAAAGAUCCCGAUUUGGGUGGCGGGGAGGAUGAGUUUGAUGAGGGUGGGUGGGAAUUCAAGGAGGCGUCCUCAAUGGGGAACGGAACUCAGGAAGGAGAGAUAGUUGUCGAUGUGAAUAAUGGUGAAGUUCUGACUGCUGCUGGCAGGUUAGGAAACCAUCAAGGAAACGAUGUUGCUCAAAACCAUUGGAACUUAGAUGGUUCCAAGCAAACCAAGUGUUUUGAAAAUGGAAAUGGUGUUAACUCUAAAAUGGAACAUGCUGACACAAAUGGCGAUGAGAAAGGCUGGAAUGUUAAGGAUGUAAAUGGUUCUUUGGUGCAACAGAAAAAUCCAGACUCGAAGCCACAAGUGCCUGCAACUGGAGACAAAACUCAGGGAGCCAUGAAUAUGUGGGAGAAUGGCAUGGAUGAGUUUUCAAUAUUCAAUUUCAGUAAUGGGCAUAUAGAUUCUACUCUACAAAGUGUGGAGUUCACUGAGUACACAUCAAAUGCUUCUGUAGGAAUUGAAACUAGUCAAAUGAAUACAAGCUUCCAGGGAGCCCCAAAGAAGUGGGAGAGUAACAUGGAUGAGUUUGCAAUAUUUACUCAGACUAAUGGCAAAGGAGAUAUGAAUAGGCAAAAUGGAAAUCUAAAUGAGUUUUCUUCAGAGCCUGCCUAUUUAGGAUUUGCAACCAACAAUAUCUUUUCUUCAUUUGACAUUAUUACAGAUUCGAAUGUUAAGCAUGGUCAGGAAUUUGCUGUUGGCACCAAAUUUGGACCUGAGUACAAAGAGUGCACAUCUACUUCCAAUCCAGUUUCAAUUACUAUCAAUGAUGAUAGUGAUUUUGAUGAGAGUAACUGGGAAUUUCAUGAUGCUUCAGAAGAAACUAGACUUGAAACCAAUCAUUCUACAGCAUUUAAAGCUGAACAUAAUUCAACUGACGAUAACCAGAACAAUGUUUUAAGUUUAUACAACAGGUUAAAAGAAGCAGCUUUCUGCUUGGCAGGACAUCAUCUUGAUGAUCUCAAGGAAGCUCAUGAAGGUGCUGUUCUUGUUGGUGAACAAGCUAAAGCUAUAAAGCUUAAUGAGGAAAUCCAGGUUGUGAGUGAGAAGAUAAAUCAAAACGAUCUAGCUAUUGAUGAUGUCAAAAUGAAAUACCCAUCAAAACAUGUUUGUGCCAGCCAACUACUUGAAGUUAUGAAGGAACAACAUGUUGAACCUUUUGUGCAAGGAUUUCACUUAGCAGAACAAAUUUCAUUAGCAGAGAAAGACUUGGCUUCAGCAAUUAAACUCUUAGAGCAUACCACCUUGGUGUUGCACGUGCUAGCACUGGCCUCUAGAGCAAUACAACAAGUUUAUCUUUUGGCAUGGUCAAGACUGGCGGAUGUUUGUGCUCGAGAGUUGCAACAUGGGGCUAUGAUUUGGAAGGAAUCAGUCCAGAAAAAUGUCCAUAAACAAAUCCUAUCAAGAGGCAGUCAAUAUUUUGUUGCCCUUGGAGAAAUUUAUCGUGUAGCUGAAAUUUUGAAAGCUACUCUGAAACUUUACAAGCCUUGGACACUAUUGAAUGAGUUGCCUUCAUCACACAUUGCCACCAAUUUGAAGAUGUGUGAAGAGGCAUGGAGUAAACCAGGGUUAGAAAGUGCUCUUGAAACUAUAUCUGAAAUGGUGGAUCUAAAUGAUACCACCUUAGCCAAAGAACUACUUAAAUCUAUCAAAUUCAUAGAAGGCCUCGAUGAAUCUGCUCUUCAAAAUCAUCUUUCUGGUCAUGGGAAACAAAUUUGCAGAUUAUCUAUGCUUCCUACAGGAAUGAUACAAGGCUUGAACGGAGUCGAAUGGAAUGGGGAGCACUACAUUCUCACAGUUGCAAAUAUGUGGGCCAACAAAGCAUCCAGUGAUCCCCCACAAUUACCCAAUAUAAACAUUAGCUAGUUCAAGAAAUCUAAUUUGAAAUUCCAGCUUGUUGUAUAGCUCACGGAAGCUCCUUUCUCUGCUAGCGUGGAACCAAUCUUCGUGAUUCAGCAAUCAUCAUCACUGGCUGGAGCUUUGAAUGUCCAUAGAGGUAAAACAACAUUCACAUCAACGCGAAUCAGAUACUAGAUAACUACAAGUUGAAAUGCUUUUCCAUCGGAUGUUGCGUUUUCAUGAGUCUGGAGAUGGGGUGCUCAAAGUCUGUGGCACUACAUUAAUCGCACUUGGUUUCUAUUCUUGUUAGUUUUCCCACAUGCUGUUCUUUGUUUCGUGGAAAUGUUGUAAUUUGCAGGUGGAUUUGUUAUUUGUUAUCAUUCUUUUGACUCCAAAUGUUUGGGAGGGGCUUGAUGAAGGGGUUAGUUUUGUAUCUUUGUGGCCAUGAUAAGUUGUUACUUCAUGUUAUGGGAUGUACAUUGUAAGAAAUGCAGCAUGAGCGUCUGUAUUUGGGGUAUAUGAGAAUAAAAAGGCUUGGGGCUUGAGAA